AUGUCAGCUGCUUCACUUUGCUCAUCAACUCUCAAGUCCCAGAUCAAUGGACUUGGUGGAGGUCUUAAGCUUCAAAAACCAUGUCUUUCUCAGCCCACUUCUCUUACCUUCACAAGGAAGAAAUGUAAGACUCUGGUGAAGGCUUCAGCUCGGGUUGAUAAAUUCUCAAAAAGUGAUAUAAUUGUUUCUCCAUCUAUUCUUUCUGCCAACUUUGCAAAGUUGGGAGAGCAGGUAAAAGCUGUAGAGUUGGCAGGUUGUGACUGGAUUCAUGUGGAUGUAAUGGAUGGUCGUUUUGUUCCAAAUAUUACCAUUGGACCUCUUGUAGUUGAUGCCUUGCGCCCUGUGACAGACCUUCCGUUAGAUGUGCAUCUGAUGAUUGUGGAACCUGAGCAGCGAGUGCCAGAUUUUAUUAAAGCUGGAGCCGACAUUGUCAGUGUUCAUGCUGAACAAUCGUCCACCAUCCAUUUACAUCGUUCAGUUAAUCAGAUAAAGAGUCUGGGAGCUAAAGCUGGAGUUGUCCUCAACCCUGGUACCCCACUAACUGCAAUAGAUUACGUCCUUGAUGUGGUUGAUCUGGUCUUGAUUAUGUCGGUAAACCCUGGCUUUGGCGGGCAGAGCUUCAUAGAGAGCCAAGUGAAGAAAAUUUCAGAAUUAAGAAGACUGUGCGUGGAGAAAGGGGUGAACCCAUGGAUUGAAGUGGAUGGUGGAGUUGGUCCAGCAAAUGCAUAUAAGGUUAUUGAGGCUGGAGCUAAUGCUCUUGUUGCCGGUUCUGCUGUCUUUGGAGCUAAAGAUUAUGCUGAAGCUAUAAAAGGAAUCAAGAACAGUAAAAGGCCUGUAGCAGUUGCAGUGUGA